GUCUUGUAACAAAUACAAAACAUUGAGAACUGACUUCAUGACAAAAAUUUUAAUUUGUGGUAGGAUUCCAUGAUAAUCCUGUCGAUCUUUUGUUUGGGACCUGGUUUAGUAUGAUUCCAACUUCGUCCUCUGGUGGGAAUCAUUGAGACAUUGAAUCAGUGUAACAGUGAAAGUGCUGCUAUACGUUACUUUGUUGAUAAGGUUUUGAUUAAUAAAUCGUACAAAAGUUGGCUGGACCCAGGUUUGAAUAAAAUUUUGCUUUGUUUGAAGUUUUGCUUUCACGACUGCUAGUAAACUCCAGUACGAUUUGAUUUCAAUCUAACCCUAGAACCAAAUAUCUUAUUUAAUGUUCGUAGCAAAAUAUAUUUCAUCCCAAAAUGGAGCGUCUUUAUUAAUGAACUGUUCUGUAAAAUGAGUAUCGAUAUAUGCUAAUGCUCAAAAUAUUGUGUGAAGGUAUUCAUGCCGUCUUUUUUUAUCUUAUAGUCUUUAACGCAUAGGAAGGACUGAAUUCCUGAUAAUACAUUCUUUAUGUUUUGGAAUCAUCUUCAUCAUUUAAUCUCUAAAACUAUGCGUUCCUAUUUUUAUCUUUUAGAAUUCUGUACCGUAGAACCUCUUGUAGAAUAAGAAUAUGCCAUCUGUAGAUGAGCUGGUCUUGGAAGAAGAUGACCUACCUUAUGAAGAAGAGAUAUUGCGCAAUCCAUUCUCUGUCAAAUGCUGGCUGAGGUACAUUGAUCACAAAGAAAAUGCACCUUAUAAGCAGCUCAACAUGGUCUAUGAGAGAGCUUUGAAAGAACUUCCUGGAAGCUAUAAGUUAUGGUACAACUAUCUACGAAUCAGACGAAGCCAGGUUAAAGGUCGAUGUCCUACGGACUCGAUGUUUGAAGAAGUUAAUAACGCACAUGAACGAGCGUUAGUUUUUAUGCACAAAAUGCCCCGGAUUUGGAUAGAUUAUUGUAAAUUUCUUGUGGAUCAAAGAUGUCUGACGAGAACGCGUCGUACUUUUGAUCGCUGCCUUGAAGCUCUUCCAGUGACGCAGCAUGAUCGGAUUUGGCCGUUGUAUAUUGAAUUUGUGAAAAAAUAUCCCAUUCAUGAAACGGCGGUUCGAGUUUUUCGUCGAAUGCUGAAACUCAUUCCAGAAGAAAGUGAAGACUACGUGGAAUAUUUAAUAUCGAUCGAUCGUUACGAUGAGGCAGCUACAAAACUUGCGGAAAUCGUUAACGACGAGAGUUUUGCGUCGAAACAUGGAAAGACAAAUCAUUUACUUUGGCAUGAGUUAUGUGAACUCAUUUCGAAGAAUCCUGAUAAAGUACAUUCGCUAAAAGUCGAGGCAAUUAUUCGUGGUGGUUUAAAACGUUUCACUGACCAAUUAGGACAACUUUGGUGCGCUUUAGCUGAUUAUUACAUCAGAAGCGGACUUUUCGAACGAGCGAGAGAGAUUUAUGAAGAAGCAAUAGAAACUGUGACCACUGUCCGUGAUUUCACACAAAUUUUCGAUGCGUACGCUCAAUUUGAAGAGUCCGUUAUUAGUUCGAAAAUGGAAGAGGCGGCUGAAGAGGAACAGAAUGAAGAAGAUGACAUUGAUAUUGAAUUACGACUCGCAAGGUUCGAACAUUUAAUUACGAGACGUCCAUUACUUCUCAAUAGCGUCCUCUUGAGGCAGAAUCCACACAAUGUAAACGAAUGGCUUAAACGAGUCGAGCUUUACGAAGAUAACUUAGCACAGGUCAUCAACACAUACACAGAAGCUAUACAGACAAUAGAAAUACCGAAAUCCGUUGGAAAGAUCUCCAAUCUCUGGGUUUCCUUCGCUAAAUUCUAUGAGAAGCAUGAUCAAAUUGACGACGCUCGUACAAUUUUUGGAAAAGCGGUCCUUGUGUCUUACAAAGGCGUCGAAGAUCUGGCCACCGUGUGGUGCGAGUGGGCUGAAAUGGAACUACGACACGAAAAUUUUGAUGGCGCAAUCAAUUUAAUGAAACGAGCGACUGCAAUGCCACCUAAACGCGCUGGAUAUUUCGACCAUACCGAACCAGUCCAAAAUAGAGUAUACAAAUCAUUGAAACUCUGGUCCAUGUACGCUGAUUUAGAAGAGAGUUUCGGGACCUUCCAUACUUGUAAAGCUGUUUAUGAUCGUAUCUUGGAUCUCCGAAUCUCCACUCCGCAAAUUAUUAUCAAUUACGGAAUGUUUUUGGAGGACAAUCAUUAUUUUGAAGAGGCUUUUAAGGCUUAUGAACGAGGUGUCGGGAUGUUUAAAUGGCCAAACGUUUUCGAUCUUUGGAAUACAUAUUUGACUAAAUUCAUUGCAAGGUAUGGUGGAAAGAAACUAGAGCGCGCUAGAGAUCUUUUUGAGCAAGCUUUGGACGGAUGUCCUCCCAAGUUUGCAAAAAAUUUGUAUCUCUUAUACGCCAAGCUUGAAGAAGAACAUGGGUUAUCAAGACACGCAAUGGCAGUCUACGAAAAAGCUACGAAGGCCGUUUUACCAGAAGAAAAAUAUGACAUGUUUAAUAUAUAUAUUAAACGUGUGGCGGAAAUAUACGGAGUUACACAUACAAGGCCGAUAUACCAACGUGCGAUUGAAUCACUCGAAGAUGCUCAAGCGAGAGAUGUUUGUCUCCGAUUUGCUGACCUUGAACAGAAACUGGGUGAAAUUGACAGAGCAAGAGCGAUUUAUGCUUUCUGCUCUCAGAUGUGUGAUCCAAGAACCACAGCUGAAUUCUGGCAGACGUGGAAAACUUUCGAAAUAAAACACGGAAAUGAAGACACAGUUCGUGAAAUGUUACGAAUCAAACGAAGCGUUCAAGCAACCUAUAAUACUCAAGUCAACUUCAUGUCGGCUCAAAUGCUGGCUGCUGCUUCCAACACUACAGGUACUUCGGCCGAUCUUGCACCUGGUGAUCCGGGAACAGAUGAAAUGAAACUUCUCGAAGCCAAAGCUCAGGCUGCCAGUGCUCAGAAGGAAAAAGUUCAGCCCAAGAAAGGAAUUCUAUUUGUUAGAAGCGAUAACACACAGAAUCCUGCUUCAGAACAGGUUGUCACUGAGAAUCCAGAUGAGAUAGAUCUAGAUGCCAGUGAUGAUGAGGAAGGGUUGCCAGAUAUUUCGAUUAAAAAACGAGCCGUUCCUGAUCAAGUAUUUGGCGGAAUCAAAAGAGCUUCUGAUGAUGAAGAAUGAGCGCAGAGCUGGUAAUAUGCGGUCAAAACCAAUUACUCAGUGACUUGAAUUGACUAUCUCAAGAAGGCCUUGGUUGGAUUUUUCAGUAAUGCUGUUCAUACUGAUACAGACUCAAUGUUUUGAUGAGAAUUGAUCGUAAAACUGAAACCAAUUCAAAACCAAGGUUGGGCGUUUGACUGCCGCUUCCAUCAGCAGUGAUGGUCGUAUUUUGGAGUAUGAACAUUUUUGAUAAAAAUUUAUUAGGAGUUAACGUUCAAAAUUCAUCAGACUACACCACAAUGUUUGUCCAACUCGCUUAAUGCCUACUUCAAGGCUUUGGCUGCUUGACUAACUGUCGCCUACAAUUUUCACUAGUUGGCUUUAGAUUAUUCAUGCAUCUGAAAAUUCCUGAUAUAGGCAGUGGUUCCAAACCAUGACCCGCAUGCCUGCUGAACUUUUUUUGUGUGUUCAAGAUCAGGGCUACUCAACUUCAAAAUUAUUUGGGUCCAGUCUUUCCAGAAAUUAUAUUUCGGCAUCUUUAAACACGCACUUCCUCGGCCGACUAAUGAUUAUUAGCUAAUCAAGAUUGUUAUUCAUGGCGUUAAGAGUUCUUUUCAUAGAUAUUUGAAUCUAUAAAUAAAAUGAAACUCCAAAAGUGGGGUUAACGAUUCAAAAUAAAGAUUUAGGUGCGGUCCGCCGCCAGUUGAGUAGCCCUGUCCCAGAUCCCCCUUCAGCUUAUUAAAUUUUGGCCUUUGCGACUCUUUCAAACGACAUGGCACAGCAAUUUGGACCAAGACGUAUCUAUUGGCUACCAGUAAUUUGUGUUUAUCCAAUGGACGCAAGCUUUUGGUUUUCGGCUCCUUACCAAGCUGGAUAUAUAUGUCUUUGUGUGGAGUGUUCUUCAUUUUUAUAUGAUAAAGUUAUGUACUCUAUCUGGUAACUUUUGUGCUUCAAUUGUUUUGCCGAAUUCAUGUACCAAAUUGACUUUUCAAAUGAUUUGUAAUAAAACUAAAUCAUAGUGAA